UAUACUCUAGCCUAGACCGCGUUCUAGUCGCGCAACACUUAUGCUUUAUAUACUGUAUGAUCCAUGGACCCACCCGCGAUUGAUUAUCUUGUAUCCAACUUGAGCGACCUGGAACUUGCCCUUCUGCUCUCUCUUGUCUGCCAGGAGCAUUGUCUCAUUGAAACGCCAGUCGCCAAUGUUGACGAUGUGUCUGGAGAGCUAGCUUUGAUAUGCGAACGGGCCUUUGGCUUGUCCUAUGCUAUUCUUGACUUCACUCCGGAUACGUCUUUAGAUGAUUUUAGUAGUGGCAUACUAGCGCCUGAACGGAGACGGGGUCGCUAUUAUGGUGCAAAUGUAGAUUCUGGUACCUCGUCCUCUCAAAGUCGCGCUCAAUCUAGAUUCCCCUUAGAUCGAGCAUAUCUCGACGAGAGGAAAAUCGUGAACGUUAUUAUCGCCAAAAAUUUUAACGUUGCCAAUGACAGCGUUCAAAUACAGGCUCUUGAAUUGAUACGAUCCAAACGGAUAUUCACUAGGAAAUCCGUCCAUCCUGCCCAAAAGACUUUUCUUUUCUUACCAGUGAUCGGGUAUAACGCAAGCCGAAGAAGUCAUAAUCUUCCUUUAAAUAAGCAUUUAAACGAUCACCUUCUAUUCUGCCAUUUCCAUGAGCUUAAUGCUGGAUACCCCAACCUUGAAGACGACGAAAGCUGGAUAUCCGAGGAUCGUGAGUCGCUUUCUUCAGUUGUGAGGAAACGCCACGGGGAUGAAAAGUUGCAGUUUGGCAACCACUAUAUUUCUGAAAAUAUAAUCUCCGACCUACAUCUAUCAAGCAAAAAUGUCUCGGUGUCGGCUGAAGUUGGCCGCUAUCUGCAAAACAUCGUGGUAUUUCUGCGGCUCAACCGUGCUGUUGUCGGCGGAAUAUCCGCUAGAGCUACUAAGCACUUUUACCUUGUUGCCAAGGCUUUGGCUUCGUUGCAUAGUAUUGACUACCUCACUCCUUCAAUAGUCGAUCUUGCAGCGAAAAAAGUCUAUCGUCAUCGAAUCAACAUAGGUAGGACGGAAGAUGAUAGGAGUUUGCAAUAUGGAAGCCAGCCUGAGUCUGUUGAGCUGCUCCUAAGAGGGGUAGAUGCUGAUCAAGUAAUUGAAACUGUUAUAUCUGAGGUUGAGUCGCCGUUAUAAACACUGCCCUAGCUGUAUACUAGGUUGCCUAGGAUAAUACCCUAUAUGUACUGACUAUGCUUGCCUUGACAUGAAACAGUCAAGUAUUCAAUGUACCUAGUCAUUCUCUAGCAGAAAUAAUGUAUAAGAAUCGUC